CGGCGGGACUGCAGCGCAGCAGCGUUGAGCGCAGAGUGGACGCGCUAACAUCAGUCACCGGACGGACGCUGUGAGAUCUGCCCCAACACAACUCACACACAGACAGACACCGAACGAUGGACGGAACCGACAAACGUCAAAGUUUCAACAGGUAACACAAAGUCAUGGCUCGUGAGGGAUCCGCUGCGGCCACCGCACACUGAUCUGCAGUCAGCCAUUGAGCGCGCGCGCGCGCGUGUAUAUUCAGAGAUGUCCGGCUCGCACCUGAUGAGUAGCGUGCGGUCGUUGUUCCGCCGGCAGACGGACAGGUUGCCCCUCAGCGACACGUUCGAUUUCUCCGAAGAUCUCGAGGAAGACGAGACGCCCAAGUUCAGCCAACUGAAGGUGGUGGUGUCCGGCGAGACCGACGAUCUCCCCACGGGAGCGCGCAACGGCGCGGCGGUCAGCACGCUGCUGGCGGAUGAUGACGACUCUCUGCUGGACUCAUCCUCGAGUCUCGGGAGCCCCGGCGCGGCGGCGGACGCGUGCGAGAGCUGCAGGAGGACGCGAGAGCGCACCAGACGCCGGGCGGUGAUGAAGAAGCUAGGCGUCGCGGCUCUCCUCUACUUCCUGUUCAUGGUCGGUGAGCUGAUAGGUGGGUAUGUGGCAAACAGUCUGGCGAUCAUGACGGACGCGCUGCACAUGUUGACGGAUCUCAUCGGGAUUCUUGUGUCACUGCUGGCGCUCUGGCUGUCUGCCAAACCCCCAACAUACAGAUUCACUUUCGGCCUUCAUCGCCUCGAGGUGUUGUCUGCAGGGAUCAGUGUGUUGUUGAUCUACAUUCUGACGGGUGUGUUACUGAAUGAAGCAGCACAGAGAACCAUUCAUCAGGAUUUCACUAUAAAUGGUGAUGUCAUGCUGAUCACGGCAGCGGUGGGCGUCGCUGUCAACCUGCUGAUGGGAUUUCUGCUCAAUCAGUCCGGACACGUUCACUCACAUGGACACGGUCACUCACACGGUCCGACGGGGCGGAGUCAGGAUCAGGGGCGGGGUCAGGAACAGGGUCACGGUCACGGGAGUCUGGCGGUUCGAGCCGCUUUCAUUCACGCUCUGGGUGAUCUGGUGCAGAGUGUCGGUGUUCUCAUCGCUGCAUACAUCGUCCGCUUUAAACCGGAGUAUAAACUGGCAGAUCCGGUGUGUACGUACCUGUUCUCCAUACUGGUGCUGUUCAGCACUUUCCAAAUCAUCCGAGACACGGGCAUCAUCCUGCUGGAGGGCGUCCCGCGUCACAUGGAUGUGUCGGGCAUCCGAGCCGAUCUGCUGAAACUGCAGCACGUGCAGCAGGUGGAGGAGCUGAAGCUCUGGGCUCUGACGGCAGAUCAAACCGCAGCCAUCGUUCACCUGCAGCUCGUGCCGGGGAUGAUGGGUAACUGGGAGGACGUACAGACAAACGCACGCCGCCUGCUGAUGAUGUCACACGGGGUGACACACUGCACAGUGCAGCUGCAGACGCAGAGACACGGUGCGCUGCAGUCCUGCACAAACUGUCUCUCACCGAGUGCCUGAACGAAGAGAGGCGGAUGAACCCAGACGGGUUUUAAUGAUUGUCCAGCAGAUUUUUCUAGAAUGAAUAUUGACCUCAUUUUUGAUACACCUUUAAUACAAAAGAACAACAUGACAAACACACUCAGUUGGUUUUUGCUUGUUGUUUCAUUUGUUUGUGUGUGUGAUAGAUAACUCUCUGCAUGUUCUCAUAUGUGCCUCAAACCAUGACAUCUCAUUAUAUAACAUUAUAUACUGACAAUCAGAAGAGAGUGAGAUCUCACACACACACACACACACACACACACACACUUACAUGAUUAAACACAAUGUCAGAAGGGCACAGAGUAAUUUUUUUACUUUUUUAGGUAAUUGUUUGUCUAUCUCAAAUGCAAAAGGAGUAUAAAAGUAUUGUUUAAUCAUCAGUGAUGAUGAGAAGCCUUUAUGCCUUUUUAUUAUUAUUUUUAUGGCUUUUUUGUUUUACGUUUUUGUGUUUGCAGGAGGCUGAAGGAUCGUUCUUUGAUAACUUGAAAUAAAUGUAUUUUAAAGGCG